AUGGCGGCAUUUGUGUUCAUGGCCUCAGGAGACACGACCAAGGUAGACGAGAAAGAUAGAGAGAGGAUGGACAAGCCCCAUGAAAGGAGGAAAUGGGAAACAAGAGUUGGGAGGGUCUGGGAAGGCGUGUAUGACUUGAAGCACUCUGGUGCCGGCAUGAGGGAGAGUGAUUCAAUACCAAUUGGAAGUGGGGAUGCAGCGGCAAAUGUUUGGGUGGCUAACGAUGGUACAAUGAUAUUUCUGCUCGCAAAAAACGACGCAUGGUCUGAAAAUGGUCGGUUGUUAAAGUUGGGUGAAGUGAGGUUGCGCCUGCGGCCAAGCAUGCUUCUAGCGAACAUGAGGGCAAGAUUGCAUGUCAACAAUGCUACAAUUGUUGUCAAGCUCGAUAGCGGGAUUACCAUCCAAUCAUGGUUUGAUAUGACCGGAGGAGGGCUGCUGGUUCAAGUAUGGGACCCGUCCUCUCAAACCGAGGUCGAGCUAACUUUGCACACGUGGAGAAGCAAACGACGACCAUUUGAAGCUGGAGAGGAAGGGAGUGCGUCGGGAGCUAACUGCAGGCCUCGCUUCAUCUACCCAGACGUGGUUGCCGAUGACGAGAAUGACGCGAUCGUCUGGUUUCACCGCAAUGAGAAUCGCUCGAUUUACCGGGAGCUGCUGGAGAACGAGGCUCUUAGCAACAUACCCGAGGCCAGGGAUGCUCCCGAUCCUCUUUUGAACCGCACAUUCGGUGGCAUCAUAUCGGGCAAGAGCUCUGUUGCCGGAGAGGGAAGGAAAUCAGUGAGUUUCAAGAAGACUUCAAGGAUCACCCUUGAGAGCUCCGUCAAGAGUUCUUACCAUGAGAUGAGAGCCUUCUUCCACACAGCCACAACGCGCUCGCCUCAGGAAUGGGUCGAUCGCGUCGUGAGCCUUCGCGCCAAGGGCGAGGAGGCAGAGGCUGGUUCAAUCUCAUUCGCCAAUGAUAGAUGGUGGCGACACUUCUGGCUGCGAUCAUGGAUUCAGCUCUGCACCGAUGCAGAGCAUGCAGCCAACAGGUGCCCGGAGGAGAAGUUCGCGGUAGAGAGAGGAUUCGUGCUCGAGCGCCUGCUGCACGCCCUGUCGUCUAGGGGAAUGUUCCCGAUCAAGUUUAACGGGAACUUGUUCACAGUGAAGGGAGACAAGUAUGACCCCGAUUACCGGCAAUGGGGAGGCAUGUACUGGUUCCAAAACACCCGCCUGCCGUACUGGGGGAUGAUGGCGAGCGGGGAUGGCGAGCUGAUGCAGCCGUUCUUUGACAUGUACUGGAAGAGCUGCCGCCUGCACAGGACGAGGGUCAAGACAUGGUUCGGUCACAACGGCAGUUACAUCCCCGAGACGAUGCACUGGUGGGGGGCAUAUGGGGAUGGCGACUACGGAUGCUCACGUGAGAGGAGGCCGAGCUGGAUGAUCCAGAGCUCGUACAUUCGACAUUACUACACUCCCAGCCUGGAGCUUGCUGUGAUGGCGUGCGACUGGUACAAGCACACGAAGAGGGACCAAUUCUUGAAAGAUGUGUUGCUUCCCCUGAGCGAUGACAUCCUUACUUUCUUCGAACAACACUUUCCAACAGACCUCAACGGGAUCUUCGUUCUCUCCCCCUCGCAGUCUUUGGAGACAUACCAGAAUGCUAUCAACCCUCUCCCGGACUUGGCUGGUCUGCGGAGUUUGAUUCAAGAGCUCUUGCAAAUUCCGCACCAGUCAAUCAGUGACGAGAAGCGGGAGUGGUGGGAGAAUCUUCUUUCGAAGGUUCCAGACCUGCCUAUUAUGCCUGUACCGGACGAGACAUGCUCGGUGCGCAAUUACCAGGUCGACUUCUCUCUCAACGAUGACGCAGGACAAUACUCCAUGCUCGCCCCUGCAGAAGCCUGGAGCCCAGUAACAAGGAACUACGAGAACCCUGCUCUCUAUGCCGUGUUUCCUUUCCGCCUCUUCCAAAUGGGAAAGGAUCCUCCUCCUUCCCUCUCCUUCAACGUGGCUCUUCAGGCGUAUGCUCGAAGGCCAUUCCCGUGCAACCGUGGUUGGUGCCAGGACGCUGUUCAUGCGGCGCACUUGGGUCUUGCGCAUGACGCCAUGAAGCUUGUGGUGCAGAGGUUCAUGUCGACCAGCCUCUUCUUCCCCGCCUUCUGGACCAUGUACUUUGACUACACCCCCGAAGUCGAUACCGGAGCUGUUGCCAAGCUGGCCCUCCAGUCCAUGCUCGUGCAGUACGAUGGAGAUAGCAUCAUGCUAUUCCCUGCCUGGCCGAGGGAGUGGCCGGUGAGCUUCCGUCUACAUGCUCCCGCAGAGACGGUCGUCGAGGCCUCCUGCGUGGAUGGAGUCGUCGAGCAUCUUGUGGUCGAUCCGCCUCAUCGCAUCGCUGACAUCACCUUUCCUGGUUCGUGUGCUUAG